AUGGAGCAGGAAAACAAAGUGGUGCUGCUGGGGAUGUGGGCAAGUCCUUACACAAAAAGGGUGGAGUUGGCACUCAAGCUUAAAGGCAUAUCACACGAGUAUGUGGAAGAAGAUAUGUUUAACAAAAGCCCAUUGGUGUUCAAAUACAAUCCUGCUUAUAAGAGGCUUCCUGUACUGGUUCACAAUGGAAAUCCCAUUGUAGAGUCGCUUAUCAUCUAUGAAUAUAUUGAUGAAACUUGGAAAAAUGGCCGCCCUCAAAUUUUACCGGCUGAUCCCUACAAAAGAGCCCAAGUUCGCUUCUGGGCUAGCUUUAUUCACCAGCAGCAGACAGUGGAGACUAUGGUCACAGUUCUGAAAUCUGGCGGAGAAGCACAGGAGAAAGACAUCAACAAGAUGUUAGAGAUAAUUAAGGUGCUUGAAGAGGGAGUGAAGGACAUUUACAAUGUGGGAUACCUUGACUUUUUUAUUUGUUCAGUGUUUAGCUUCCGCAGUGCCAUGGAAAAAGUUCUUGGCAUUAAGAUUCUAGACUCAGAGAAGACUCCACUGCUAUACUCUUGGGUGACUAAGCUAAAUGAUUUAGCUCUGGUAAAAGAGACAAUUGCUUCACAUGAGAAGCUGGUUGAAGUUCUUAAGGUUGUCAGAGAGAAAGCACUUCAAACUUGUGCAACUUGAUUUUCCUGAAGUAACGGUUAUUGGCUCAAUAUGCUGCUUACUGAUCAUAUUGAA